AUGGCUUUCCAACUCGAGACGCUUGUACUCUCUGAAUUGUUGGAUGGAAAAAUGGGAAAUUUAAAGGAAAAGAUAAACUCCACAUCAGCAGCGAGAUCCGAAGAACCCAUGCAAACAACGCCUAUGGAUACAUCUAUGAUCGAAGAGAUAAAUGCAAGCGAGAUCCAGGAGAACUUGCCGGAAGAAUUGGAACCACAAGAAGUCAUUCCAGCAACACGGUCAAAUCCAGAUAAUGAGCAAACAAGAAUUGCUGCAAACAACGAAGAAACGCUGACGGAGUCAAAUUUGGAUACUGUUAUAGCCAAACCGCAGAAUGUUACAACUGAUGAUAUCCGGAGCACAUCGUUACGCACUGAAUCUGGCGGCACCUUAGCCAAAAAUCAAACGGAAUCGCGACAAAUAGAGGACGAAUUGACUAUAGAUCCUACCGAGGAAGAACAAAGUGUUCUGAAACGAAGAAUGUCAAUUGCUGUCAAUUUGACGUCGAUAUUGCAAGAACCGAUCCGAGAAGAAACAAAUUAUGUGGCGGCCAAAGAUAAAUCUUCAAGCGCUAAGGACGCGGAUGAUGACGAUAUAAUACUUGUGCGCGCUCUCAAGAAGCAGGAGAACAGGGACGUCAAAUUGAAGAAAUGGCAAGAUCGCGCCCGAGCCUGGAACAACUCUUAUACGGCACAAGAUUUUGGACAUACCGUUGGAUCAGCGGACCCAGGAAAUGAAAAGUUCCCGGAGAAGCAUGUGAUUAUCUACACGGAUGGUAGCUUCAAUGUACAGAGUGGAUACGGUGGAAUUGGAAUGUUUGUGGGCAAUGGCCACCCCCUGGAACUAGGGCUUGCUAUGGAGAAAGGGCUGAAGUCUUCUUUUGUUCCGGAGCUAUUUGCCAUCAUUGUGGCUCUUUGCAGAGUCUAUUGCUGGGCGGGAUAUCGAGACCAGUCGAUCAUCUUACGAACCGAUUGCAAAGAUUGUGUGACGGCGAUUUCAAAUCUCUGCAAGGGAGAGAAAAAGGAACUUCAGGACAAUAAUAAAAAAAAUUUGGAGGCGGACAAUAGGGAGAACUUGAAAUUUGUUCAACACAUCAUUAAGCAAUUCUCAGCAAAGGUCGUGCUUCAAUGGGUCGAAGCCCAUUCGGAUUCGGGCAAACAUCCAGGAAACAAGAUGGCUGAUGCUUUGGCCGUGGACGCUCGAAAGAGCGCGGAAGCGCGUGAUCCGGAUGCUCAAGCCUCGCCUCAGAAAAGCCAAUCUCCCGAUAAGCAGCCAAGGAAGCGAAAGGUCUCCUUUAAUGAAAGUGAACACCAAUACACCAAGGAUGAAGAAAAGCAAAUGCCAGCAAAGCCCCGUACUUGGGAAAAUUUGCUCGAGGACUUUGCUGCUAAAUCUCUAUGCGCACGAAGGCUCGACAGGAUGAAAAAAGCAGAAGAUAACGAAGAAGAGAACAACGACGACGGCUACAACCCCAAAAGCAAACUUGGAAUUCGAUUUUUGUCAGAAAUUAAUGUG